AUGGGGUCCACGCACACCCAGAGAGCAGUUCGUAUAGCAAACUGUAGCGGUGCCGAACCAGAUCCGGGAAGGCACAUGUUCAAUCAAGCCAAAUAUGGCCAAGUCGACGUUAUCACGGAGGUCAACCUUGCAAACAAUGCCGAAGCAUACCACAGGGGCGAGCACAACGGAUGGAUUCCCACCUGCUGGGAAGGCAUCGAGAUGUCCGUCGAUAUCAUCAACGAGAAACGGAUCAAGCUGGUGAUCAACGGUGGCUGUUUGAAUCCCAAAGGCCUUGCUGAGAAGACUCAUGAAUUGGUGACGUCGAAAGGACUCGACCUAGUCGUAGCUUACGUCGAAGGCGACGAUGUCCUCGACCGAGCGUACGACAUCCUGGGCACAUCAACAGAGGAGAAACUUCCCCAUCUUGACAAGACCAACUCGAACGUGCAGUUGGCGAAGGACACCAAAGCAUUCCUUGACGACAAGGAGCGCAUGCCCAUCGUCAGUGCCAACGCUUACCUAGGUAUUAGAGCAAUCCGGCGUGGGCUUGAUGAAGGCGCCGAUAUCGUUGUCUGUGGUCGUGUCGCAGAUGCUAGUCCCGUCAUAGCCGCAGCAGCCUGGUGGCAUGGGUGGGCUGACGAGGACUAUGGCCCGCUCGCUGGAGCUCUGAUUGCUGGCCAUUUGAUAGAGUGUUCGACCUACACCACUGGAGCCAACUUCGCGGGCUUUCAUACCCACGACAUCUCGGAGCUGCUGGACCUGGGCCUUCCCAUCGCUGAAGUAGAGGCCAAUGGCGAGUGUGUCAUCACCAAGCAUGAAGCGCUGAAUGGUUUCGUGGACGCCGAUACCGUGAAAUGCCAGUUGUUGUACGAGCUGCAAGGAACAAUCUACCUCAACAGCGACGUCAAAGCCGACAUCACCAAUAUCCGCGUUGAGAACGAGUCGAAAGACCGUGUCCGGGUGAGCGGUGUCAAAGGUGCGCCACCUCCAUCGACAACGAAGCUUGCAGUCUUCUAUAAAGGUGGAUACCAGUGCGAGAUGCUCUUGAAUGCUACGGGAUACGCUUCCAGAAAGAAGUUCGCACUCCAAGAGGCGCAGCUGCGGCAUAAGCUGAAAGAAUGGGGUCUCCUGGACAAGUUCGACAUCCUCGACUUCCAAUGGAUUGGCAGACCGGAGGCGAAUCCAUCCUCUCAGCUAGCUUCCACGACGUACCUGCGUAUCUUUGCUCAGUCCAGAGAUAAAAUCGCUUGUGCGAAGCUGCUGCCGGGUGUUUAUACGAAUGUGAUGCAGCAUUUCUCGGGCUUCCACAGCACGAGCGACCACCGCACAGCCAUGCCAAAGGAAUUCCUUGGCUUCUACCCGGCCGUCAUAGCGCAGAGCGAGCUGGAAGAAAGCAUCAACAUCAUCUCGAAGAAGGGCGACAACGUCCACAAGACUAUCAUGGGCCCGCCGAAGAAGUCUGAGCCGAUCGGAGAGCGAGAUAACUUCGAGACCGCGAAUCCGGUGGAUCUCUCCAGCUUCGGCGAGACGGUCGUGGCGCCGUUGGGCGAUGUAGCUUUUGCCCGCUCUGGCGACAAGGGCGCGAAUGUCAACUUCGGCGUUUACGUCCACACCCAGGAGGAGUGGGACUGGCUCCGUACGGUGAUGACCCGCGCGAAGUUGCAGGAGCUCAUGGGCAGCACUUGGGAAGACUGGUUCUACAUCGAACGAUGCGAGAUGGCUGAGAUCAAAGCCGUACACUUUGUCGUAUAUGGCCCGCUCGGGCGCGGAGUCUCAUCGUCCAAGAUCCUGGACGCGCUUGGGAAGGGUUUCGCCGAUUUCAUCCGGGACAGGCAUAUUGAGAUCCCGAAGAAGUUCCUUGGGAAGUGGGAUAGUCAUGCUGGGGUGUUGUCGAGGCUUUGA